AUGUGUGGCACAGGAAGAUCAUGCUACAGGAGGAUUGAAUUGCUGGGAGUCGUAUGUCUUAAGGGUCCAGAUAUUCAAACUAUCGGUAAGACCUUAGGUUCCGGUUACGUUACUGUUGCUGGUAUUCUCAUUUCACCAAAGGUUAAGGAAGCAUUUGUUGAAAGAUCUGGUACCAUUGCAGGUGCUCAAACAUACCAUCAGCACUCCUUUAAAUGCUGUGUCGCAUUAGCCGUUCAAAAAAAAAAUCCAAAGGUUAGGUUUAAGACGUAA